AUGAGUGGAGGAUUUCCAUUUAGCCUGUAUAUGGAGGAGCUACUAAGACUAGCAGACAAUAGUCUCUGUAGAUCCAGUGAGAAAAAUUUGGGGAAUGAGCUGUGCUAUAUUAAGAAGAACAAGUGGAGUAACAGUUCGAGGGGUUGGUGGAAUAGUUGGAACCUAGACGAAAUUGAAGACCGAGGGGUAUUACCAGUAUUCCAAGCGAGCGCCAAAAUCUGUAAGAUAAUAGAGGAAUGGAGCAGUAGAUUGACUAGAGGAGACGAGGGGUCGGUAGUGUUUGAAGAAAGAAGUGGAUGUGACAUUAGCAGCUUAGGAUUAGCAUUGAGAGGGGGCAGCAACACAGGACGAUGUCCGACGGAGCCCAUAGGUCUUGAGUGGCUCAAAAGUGAUGAAGACGGAAAUAUAUCAUCUAAUACCGUUUCUCAGAAGAGGAUGAAGGUAUGUCAGGCUAUAGUCCAGAUAAUGAUUAGGGAGUAUGGGAUGUCGUUACCAAAGGGUGGGAUAGGCGAGGGAUUUACUGAGGGAGAAAAUCGUUGUCAGGGCGUGUAUGAACAAUUAAAAAGAUGGGGUGGCAUUAACGUAGCUGAACAUAUAAUGAAUAAUUGGUAUACAGUUGAGAGUACUUUGCAAGUAAGCGAGCAGAAGUAUAAAAUUACGGGGAAAGAUCUGUUUGAAUUAGUGCAAGAGGCAGUUUGGGGUACCGAUAAGGGUGAGAAGAUGUUAGGAUGUAAAAAGUGUCUCCCUGGCAACAGAUGGACCAAGGGCCAAGAACCUGUUUGGUGUGAGGAGCUAUUGAGUAGUGGAGUGUCUGGGGGUCCCCAAGCACAUCAUCUUGCGUCCUUCCCCGUGGCUACUGAGGACACAUUGACCAGUGGGGGACAGGAGGUGUUCAAGGAAACAAGAGAGGACGAGCAGACGACACUGGCCGUAGGGGGGAGGCCGAGAGGAGACCAAAAAGGGGAACUCCCCACGGGGGCAGAGUUAGGGGGGAGAGGAGUAGGAGGACAAACCAGCAUAGAUCGUGUUGCUCCCAUUAUAGAGGAAGACGAGGCGGGCGUAUCAUAUUCUGGCAUGUUGGGGGCUGGCAUCUCUUUGAUUCUGGCAAUAGUCGGAUCCUAUGGAUUGUUUAGGAUCUUUAAUACCAGGAGUAGGCGAAGGGGGGGGGCGAAGGGCGCGAAUUAUCGUGGGGCCUUGAUGUAUCGAGCGAUGCCAACGUGA